UCUUUCUCGAUGCACGUGGAUGACGUCCUACCACCUCCCAAGCGCGCUGUGGGGAGGAUCCCCAGUAUUGUUAUGGAUGCUAGUCCUGCGGCUUCUUCCUCAAACUCUGGGUUCAUGCUUCCUUCCAAAGCUCUCACAACUGCAUCCACUUCCGUGUUCACAGUAGUUCCAGAAAAGAUACCCCAGCCGAGACAUGUUGUACCACCCUCAGCAACUCAACGAGGUCCUCCAUUACUGGGGAUGCGCCGGCAACACAACCUCCCAAAUUCCGGAUUCCCAUUGUCACAAUCGCGCUACGCCACCACGCAGUUGCCCUAUGCGCCAGUGACGCUUCCACCCUUCAAGCCUCCAUUGCUCAAGAAGCCCAACGCGAAACCUGCUCCAGCGUCAAAGCAGGUUGUCCAGACAUCCGGCAGCCCGCCGACUUCGACGCCCGAGCUGGUCACGGACAAUAGCAACGAGGAUGGUCAGGAGGAGGAGGAUAAACUCGGUGCGGCGGGUGGGGAUUCGUCGUUUGAUGUGUCUUUUGAUGUGGAUGUAGAUGUCCUGGAGGCGACGAUGCGGCAAUAUAAUUGAUGGGGUAGACGCAUGCGUUUCUGACGCCGGAGAAGAUGUGAGGUGGGUGUAUGCUAUGGAAGGUGAAUACUAUGUUUUCGAUCUGUCUUUGAUAAUCCAUCUACUUAGAUACAUGUACACGCAUUCACAUAUAAUAC